AUGUCUUCUCAUUUUUGGGUUUGCUCACUAUUUCUACUCCUUGUCAGCUUUGCUUUCUGUGUCCAAGCAGCAAACCCUCCACAAAUUUCUCCUUCAUUGGCACCUUCUGCCAAUGGAAGUGUUCGUGCUGGAGGUGGUGGUGGAGGCGAAGGAGGUGGUGGCGGCGGCGGAACUGGGCGUGGAAGUGGUUUUGGUUCUGGGUAUGGUUUUGGCGGUGGCUCUGGAAGGGAGGCCAGUGGAGGAAGCUUUGGUGGACAAGGUGGUGGUGGAGGUGGUGGAAGCGGUACAGGUGGAGGUAGUGGCUCUGGCUUUGGAGGUGGUUCGGGCUCCGGUUACAGUGGCGGUGGCGGUGGAGCUACUCCUAGUAAAGAUAGGAAGAAUUCAACAAGCUCUUCUAAUUAA